AUGAGUGCUAUUAAACUCUGUAAUAUUUUUCCUUUCCUUAGCUAUAAUCCUUUUGUUGUUUAAGAAUUUAUUAAUAGUUUUCAAUCAUCAUCAUCAAGUUAAUAGAUUUUUUUUCUCUCUCAUAUCAUUAAUUUUGUUAUUUUGAUAAUAUGUAUGACUCAAACAAAUAAUUAUUCUAUUCGUCAUGCAGAUAUUUACAAACAAUUUAAUUCAAUAGUUUUGCUUAUAAAAUAAUUAAUGAGUUAAUGCCCAGAUCAAGGAUUCAAAUAUUGUGUCUCAGGGAAAUGCGAAAAUCUUAAAUUAUGCGUGGACCUCUAUUUAGGAACGGCAUUCUCUUUACUUUUGAUGAUAUUAUGUACAUACCAGAUUACAGUGAGAGUGAUUGAGUAGAGAAGAAUUUACAAAAGAAAGCAAGUCUUAUUUUUGAUAAUUCUAGCUGCAAAUAUAUUUUUUCUGAUAUUCACGAUUAAUAGACAUCACAUAUUUGCUUAUUUUUUGUGUUAUUACUUUGACUUAUGCUUUUUGAUUUUUUUAGUUUACUUCUUCACAAAGAAAGCCACGGAUCUAAAUGUUUACAAUAAAAGCAAAUCAAAAUUAGUGAGAGGUUGCACAUAUGGAUUGUUUAGUUUAUUUACUAUACUGUUAUUCAUCAAUAUCAUAGUAUAUUACUUGUUCUAAAAAAAUUGCAGUUACCUUACACUUUUUGUGAUAAAGGUUGUGGAAUUACUGUCAAGCAUUAUCUUCAUAACAGGAGCGUACUUCCUGAAUUAAAAAAUGAAUGCUCUGAUUAUUGAAUAAAUAAUGUUCACUAAUAGGAUGACUGGUGUUGAGAAGACAUAGUAUAUAAAGACUAGAAACAUAAAAUUGAAAUUCUGGACAUUGGUUUGUGUGACAGCCUUUGGGUAGAUAAUAUAAUGGGGUUCUGAUCUAAUCUAUUUCCUCUACGAUGGGUCAAAUGAUUCGAAUAAAUGCGAAUUUCUUAUAAAUAAUAAUUUGCUGAAUCCUUUGGUAGAUUUGUUUAUCUGUCUCUUUGGAUAUUUCUUGCCCCUAUUCUGCGCUGUGUAUUUGUUUUGGUACAAGAAGAAGAAAGUACAAUAUGUGGAAUCCUUGGAAGUGGAAAGCUUACCAGAACGUUACUAUCACAAAUUGUUAAACAAGUCGAAUAGCUCGUUCUCGUCUACAUAACAAAAAUGAAAUAAGAAUAAAAUUAUAUACAACAUUCUGCAAA